AAACCAGUAAACAUCGUCAGAGUUUACACGACAUUUCGAGCCAUGCACACCUUGCUGGCGCUCGUCGCUUCGGCGCUGGCGUGCGCCGUAGCCCGCCCACCUGUAGCUACCAAUGCACCGCCCGAGGGACUUCCCGGACCGCAGCGGCAAAGAGUGCCCAUUCCGUCUCCGCCCGAAUUUCUAACGGCUUAUAUUCUUCCGAGAUUCCUCCUUCCACACGACAUCGGCUAUGACGACUCCCCGCGCAUCCCUCAACCACGUGAAGAAAGCCUUCUUGAUCGGGAAAUAAACAUCAUUAAUCAAAUGGAAAUGCAAGAAAUUGAGCCGAACCCAUACGAUUAUGAAUACCCGCGUUGGAUUCCUAACGAGACACCUCCAAACUACAUGAUUAAUAUGCUGAAGAAGCCACCUGUUUCUCAUCGCUACCCUAAACAGAAACCUACCCAAGACUUAGGAAACUAUCCCCUUCAAUUUAUUGAGGAUAAACCAAAGAAAGAAGACCAAGAGUCUGAUAGCGUUGAUGAAAAACAAGACCAACCCGCCCCACUUUUGAACGCCAGUGGUCUCAAAAAAUCUUUCGCUAUGACACCUUUUGAUUCUGGAUAUUACAAAAAGACAACUGAUUUAAAGACAAUUUCUCCUCAACCUGCGGUCGAGCAACGCAAGGAACUAGACUCUGUCGUUGAACCUCGUCAAAUACGGCAAAAUCCUAACUUGAGUAAAAAUAAAGCGCUCGUUGCUGGCAAUCUGGAGAGGCUUCGCACUGGAUUGGCUAAUAAGGACUACCGUUUACCUGUCUCCUUACUGCCCAACACUCUACGCUGGUUGAAAAUAAACCGACAGAAUCUAAAUGUCGUUAAUGAGAGUACCCAUGAAUAUGUGGAGAGCACUGACAAACCGCAUCACAUUCACGUUCUGGAGACUCCGACUACGGACCCAGCCAACUCUAUCUAUGGAAUAGCUCUCCUGGCUGCGGUCGGUGCUGCUCUGACAAUGGCGAUCAUCGGCUUUGCGGUUGGAUGGUAUACGUUAUCAAGGAAGGCAAAAGCAGCGGCUGAUGUGGAUUACCCCGCUUAUGGAGUAACAGGACCUACUGUUGACAGCUCUGGGGAUAGAAAGCUGGCCCAGUCUGCCCACAUGUACCACUACCAGCACCAGAAGCAACAGAUCAUUGCGAUGGAAAGGAACGGCAUGGAUCAUCGCAAUGGUUCUGUUUCUGACCCUGAAUCUGAAGAGGAAAACGAGGAGGGAGACUACACUGUCUAUGAAUGCCCCGGAUUUGCUACGACUGGUGACAUGGAAGUUAAGAACCCUUUGUUCAAGGAAGAGACGACCCCCGCUACUCCCGCUAAAAGCGAUACGGGAAAGCCGCAGCCCCGUGAAUAAUCGCGACCCCUUCGCCGCUCUGGCGAUGCCCAACGUAUCAGCGUUAACAUGCUGUCACCACUUUUCUUGAUCCGACACUUUGGGACACCGCAAUUUUUCAUUCACCUCAUGAGACGCCAUAACCUCCUCUAAAUAUGAAAAGUGGUUGAACAAUUACGUAAACAGUGGUUUACUUUAUCAUCUCGGAAUCGUCUUUUACUCUACAACGCGACGACUAUCAUAAAUAUCAUAAAUAAAAAUGUAUUAAUAUCAUGAAAAAUUGCAUUAUCGUUUACUGUUCUAUAUAACGUAAUAAUACAUUCGAUGCAUUAUAUACAGCAGAUCUAGAACUAUGUCCCAUUAGAAGAACAUAACCUAACCUAAGAUCGUCAUCAUUCGGCAAAAUAUUGAUAUAAAUUGGAACAUUUAAUUCCAUGAUGCAUCCAUAUACGCAUUCGUAAGAUUACAUUGUCAUAACGAUCGCUUAAUAUCAUCAUUUCAUAAAAAACCCUUCAUUUACAAAACACUUGAAGUGUUUUGACUUUUCCAACAAAAAAAAAUGUUGCUUGAUUUUGUCAUUAUAUUGAACUAAAUUUUUAGAUAGUACGGUACAAAUUAAAUGAUUUAUUGACUAAAUUGAAUAAAUACGACAGGGAAUCCUAAUAUAACUGAAAGGUAAUUUUGUUCAAGUAUUUAUUUUUGAUGUUAAAAAUCAACGGCCUAUUCGGAUACUGGGCAAUGGACAUGUGAUUCUCUCUAAUAUCGGUGACAAAUUAAAAAGCGACCUCUGUGCCACGUUUAAAUUGGAAAAAACAGGUGUACAUAGUUAUCUAUAUCAAAUUAUAUUAAAUUAUACUAUAAUCAUUAUCUUGAAUUAUAAACGUCAAUUGCUUCAAAAGUUUUUUUUUUAAAUUAAAAAUAUAUAAAUCUAUAUUUACAUAAAAUUUUAUGUAGUAAUCCGUUUUGACUUUGGAUAUAUUAUACAAACAUUUUGAAUGAAACUAAUAUAUAUGUAUAUAUUUAAAUUUUAAAGUAUAAGUUAAAUUGAAAGAACCAUAAGCGAUUAUAUAAAAUUAAAUUUUAAUUGAUCAUAAAAUAUAGAUCUAAUACUCUUUACUUUUACAAGAAAUUUAAACUUUUAAAAACAUAUCUUAUUAUUGUCUCGCACAAUUUUAAUAUAUAUUUAAAUAAAAAAAAAUGCAUUUAACAUUAUAAAUACGAACUCAUAGUACGAGUAUUUAAAACAAAAUAUAUAUUUAAUAUAUAUCUAAUAUGUAUAACCGAUCUCAUAGCAAUCUUGAGCUGAAAGGAUGAAAUAUUAUAUAUUCAUCUUAAUAGAUAUUAAGUGUCUUAAUUAUAGUGUGCUUAAAGUUUAAAUUGAAAAAGAAAAAAAAAAUACAAAACUGAAAAAGAAAAAAAUAUUUAGAAUAAUUUAUAUUCAUCAUAUAAUCCAUCACCACAGUAGAUAGUUAUUCAUCAUUUUACAUUAAUUUAAUCCUAAUAAAUAAAUGUAGCUAUCUGUUUACUAUAAUAUAUAUUAAAAAUAAAAUAUAUACAUAUACACAUACAUAAAUAUAUGUAGCAUGUAAUCAAGGGUAAAACCCACUGUAGUGAAAUAUUUUUUGAUGAAUGUUUGUAUUAAGUUGAGAGAAGAAAGAAUUAAUCGAUCUUAUGUUUUUAUCAAGAUUUUAACGUAAUUUUUUUUAUGUGAAAACCUACUUACUGAUAAACGUAUAGCGACUUCAAGCUUACAUGAUGAUUCUUCUUGUUUCAUGAUUUCAAUGUGACCUAUGACAGACGGAUUGAAAUCGGUCUGCACUCUUGAACAGCUAUACAUGUGUUAGCUCCGUUUAUCAGUAAGACUGUUAUGCCAUUAUUUAUUCUAUGUAUUGAUCAAAUUAUAAUACAUUCCAUCAUAAUCUUUUAAAUACCGACGAAAUGUAUGAAUAAUUUGGUUAAUAUUGAUCUAUUUAUUUGAAGAAAAUAAGGACAUGGAAGGUCGAUGUUUUCUUUUUUCGAUGUCGCACCUUAUCACUGACAACUUGAUCUCACUUUAAUCUAUAGUACAAAGUUAUCUAUGACUUAUACCCUAUCAGCUUACUGACCAAAGUAUUUAAAAAUCUGUUAAAGAAGUUAAUAUAUAAUUAUUCUCUUUAAGAAAUUAUU